ACUGAGGACAUUGGAGAUGCAUACGGAUAUCAUUCUAAAACAGACGCUGUUGAUUGGUACAGUGAUGUUUUUUCCUGUGUGUCAUGGUCAGCGCCCCUACCCAGCACAGUCCGACAUAACUUCCGGUAGCCUUGUUGCAGCAGCCGGUUCUAUCGGAAUCGUGGCCCUUGCAGCAAGUGCCGCGCUGACGGCGAUGUCUAGCUUGAAAAUAUCUAAGGACUGCUAUUCAAAGGGAACAACUCAAAGUCCAGGAGAAUCAUGCAACGAUAUCCUUGAAGAGGAAAGACAAAGAUGCGAAGAGGAGAAAGGAGAGUUGGAAAGGACACUUCAGGAGGCUCAGGAGGAGGCAUUGGAGCAGUUGGAAAGGACACUUCAGGAGGCUCAGGAGGAGGCAUUGGAGCUUAUCGGAGCAACCAUCACAGUACAUUGCGAAAGGUUCGCACCAACCAAUAAUCAAGCUGACUGUAUUGUUUGUGCAGAAUUAUUAGAUGAUGAGACUGCAUGUAAUAAUAACAACCUUUGCCAAUUUGAUGGAAACACUGGAGUUUGUGUUUUUGGGUAAAUUCGUCCUCCAUGAUAAAGAUUAUAAGAAAUCAGAAUUGUUGUCGUUUUGAUAUUU